AUGGCUCCGAAGGAAGAAGUGAAGAAUCUAAUUCCAAACUAUGGCAUGUUCCGCGUUUCCUUUUGCUUCUCUUUGACGGUACCGCUGACUUGUGUGUGUGCGUUUGCAGCUCCUGGAUGCAAGCGUAUUAUUGUCGAUCCAGGGUACCUCUCGGCGUUGAAGCAGCCGAACGUGAACAUUAGAUGGGACGCCAUCGAUCGUAUUGUGGAAAAGGGCAUUCAGAUGAAGUCGGGCGAGUUUGUACCCCUUGAUGUGAUCAUCUUCAGCACUGGCUAUUUGACGGAUGGUUCAAACCAACUUCAGAUCCGAGGGCGGGAUGGUGUGACUCUUAGGGAGUACUUUGAAAGCAAGGGAGGGCCGUAUGCGUAUUUGGGCUCGUGCAUCCCUGGGUUCCCGAACCAGUAUUUGGUAUUGGGACCAAAUGUUGCGUCUGGGCACGCAUCGGUUAUAUUCAGCGAAGAAGCUCAGAUCCAGCAUGCACUGCAGCUUAUCAAGCCGGUGCUGGAGGGCAAGGCCAAGUCGUUCGAGGUGACGGAGGAGGCGACGGUAAAAUACAACGAGUGGUUGCAGACGAGGCUGCAGGACUCGGUGUGGACGGACUGCAUGUCUUAUUACCAGGCAGGGCGCAAUAACAAGACACGGAUUGUAGCGACGUUCCCGGGCCCUGUGGCGCUGUUUUGGUGGUUUUGCCGCCGGCCGCGGUGGGAGCUGUUCCGGGGAGUAGGAGCGGAGGCAUGGGAGCAGGAACAGAAAGUUGGCAGGAUCACAAAGGGAGCAUUGUUGGCUGUAGUCGUUGCGGCUGCGCUGGGAAUAGGAUUUGCGGGGUGGACGGGUAUUUAG